AUGAAUGUUUUGACAGCAGCCCGAGCUGUUUCAGUCGCCCCUUUAGCAACCUUACGAGCUCAUCCAGAUCUCAUCGAACUUUCUAAUAGCGGUCGGCUACGCUGUCUCCUAUUCCUGGGCUGCCGCAUGCCCCAUCCUACACAGCAGAUUCACCUCUACUAUGGAAUUCUGCGAUAUGUCUUUGUGUAUUCCUAUACUGCCGACUGUUUAAUUCCUAAUAAACUCUACGUUAUUCUGGUGUGA